AUGCAGACUGCUUCUACAAACAUUUGUGAAAGAAUGUGCAAUAAGUCCAUCUGUGAAAUUUCCUUGCUACUAAAUAUUCCACAGUCAACUGUUAUUGGUAUUAUAACAAAGUGGAAGCAACUGGGAACUACAGCAACUCAGCCACGAAGUGGUAGGCCACGUAAAAUAACAUGCUGAAGACUGCAGAAGUUGCCAACUGUGUGCAGAGUCAAUAGCUAAAGACCUCCAAACUUCAUGUGACCUUCAGAUUAACACAACAGUGCGUAGAGAGCUGGAAUGGGUUUCCAUGGCUGAGCAGCUGCAUCCAAGCCUUACAUCACCAAG